UUGGAUUGCCGGCACAUGGUAAUGGAUUCACUCUCUUCUUGGACUGCCACGCUCUGCUGCUCUCCCUCACGGAAAAUCAAGAAUCCCUCCUCCAUCGCUGCGAGACCCAGCUGCGGGAAAGAUUCGAUUCCGUGCCUCCCCUAGCGUUUCUGAGACCACCCAAUUGCCUCCCAAGAACCGUUCCGAUUCUUUCCCGCCCCCCCUUUUGGUUUCUCGGAGACAGAGACCACCUCCGUUCUUGGAACCAGAAGAUCGCCGACGUUGUUUCUUGCUGUUGCCUUGUCUGGCGUGGGAUCGAUCCUGCCUAAGCACCAGCUUUCAUCUACAACUUACUGGGGGACGUACACAUCUACUCCACACAUGGCUCAAGAUAAUUCACCAAGUGCCGAUUCACCUCGCCGGCGUUCUGGCCUCUUGCGGGAUCAGGUCCAGAUAGUUAAGAGAAAGGACUCUGAUCGCUUUGAGAUCGUUCCGAUCCAGGAAUCACUUUCAUUUGAGAAGGGUUUUUUCAUAUUUAUCCGGGCGUGUCAAUUGUUGGCCCAAAAGAAUGAUGGGUUAAUAUUAGUUGGAGUAGCCGGUCCUUCUGGAGCUGGCAAGACCGUGUUCACCGAGAAGGUGCUGAACUUUAUGCCCAGCAUUGCUGUCAUAUCAAUGGAUAAUUACAAUGACUCCAGCCGCAUAAUUGACGGCAACUUCGAUGAUCCUCGCUUGACGGACUAUGGCACAUUGCUUGAGAAUAUUCAUGGUUUAAAGGCCGGGAAGCCUGUUCAGGUUCCUAUAUAUGAUUUCAAGUCUAGCUCGCGUAUAGGCUACAGGAAUAUUGAAGUUCCCAGUUCUCGCAUUGUGAUUAUAGAAGGCAUUUACGCCCUGAGCGAAAAAUUGCGCCCUUUGCUUGAUCUUCGCGUCUCUGUGACUGGAGGGGUUCAUUUUGACCUUGUCAAACGAGUUCUAAGGGAUAUCCAACGUGCUGGUCAAGAACCUGAAGAAAUCAUUCAGCAGAUAUCUGAAACGGUGUACCCAAUGUACAAGGCUUUCAUUGAGCCUGAUCUUCAGACUGCGCAUAUAAAAAUAAUCAACAAAUUUAAUCCUUUCUCUGGAUUUCAGAAUCCCACUUAUAUUCUCAAAGUUAUUGUCAAACCUUUUCUAUCUGGAGUUUGCAGUCUAUUUUCACAUUUCUAUCAGAUCGAGACUUGCUUCUUUUCCUUUUUCCGUAUUUUAAUUCAUACCUUUUAUUUAGCGCAGUCAACGAGGACAGUAACAGAGGAUGAAAUCAAGGCUGUUUUCCCUGGAACAUAUUCAGAGAGUGUCGAGGAAACUUAUGAUAUAUAUCUUCUACCACCUGGUGAAGAUCCAGAAGCUUGCCAAUCAUAUCUCAGGAUGCGAAAUAGGGAUGGCAAAUACAAUCUCAUGUUUGAGGAAUGGGUUACAGAUAGUCCAUUCAUUAUAUCUCCGAGAAUAACUUUUGAAGUUAGCGUGCGCCUGCUAGGAGGAUUGAUGGCUCUCGGCUACACAAUUGCAUCCAUUCUGAAACGAAGCAGCCAUGUCUUCUCUGACGAGAGGGUGUCUGUGAAAACUGAUUGGCUGGAACAGCUUAAUCGCAAGUAUGUUCAGGUACAAGGACGUGACCGUAUGUAUGUCAAGGACGUUGCAGAGCAGCUGGGUUUGGAUGGUUCAUAUGUUCCACGCACCUACAUAGAACAGAUUCAGUUGGAGAAGCUUGUCAAUGAUGUUAUGGCAUUGCCAGACGAUUUGAAGACAAAGCUUAGCCUAGAUGAUGAUCUUGUUUCCAGCCCCAAAGAGGCGCUUUCCCGGGCUUCUGCAGAUAGGAGGACGAAAUACCUUAACCGUGGGAUGUCUCAGUCUUUCUCCAGUCAGAAAGACAAGAACAUAUCAAAGUUGACCAGACUCGCCAUCAACAAUAGAAGGUUUGACGGAAGAACUUUAGAAUCGCCUGCAAUUGCAAACCAGGGAGUCAUUACUCAACUAUCUGAGCAAAUAUCCACGCUCAAUGAGAGGAUGGAUGAAUUUACAUCUCGUAUCGAAGAGCUCAAUUCCAAGUUCAACGCCAGAAGAGUUUCAGCUAGUCAACAGAACUUAGCACCGCAGGCCGAAGCCUGCAAUGGAUCCGGACCCACUUCUCUUUUUUUAACUGGCUUAGGAAAUGGGUCUUUGACUGGUUCUUUGAUGCCCCAUUCUUCAUCCUCUUCCCAAUUAGCUAAGGACACUCCACUUAUGGAAGAGAUACAAGUCAUUGCUCGAUCACAACGCCAAAUCAUGCACCAGCUAGACAGUCUGAGCAAACUUCUACAUGAGUUUUGGGGAGAGAGGACACGUCAAGCAAGAACAAAUGAUGCAACCAUGAUGACUGAUGCCGUCACUGUCCCUAUUGUGCUGACUCUAGCUUUCGGCGGCCUAGGUCUGAUUCUGUUCAAGACCUUGACCAGGCAAAGGUGAUUCCACCGCUGGAUCUUUUUUCUGCAUAACUACAAUGAAAACCGAUACCCUUUUAGAUUUUCUAUCUGUA